AUGGCGCUGUGUCGGGACCGUCUGCUGCCGGUGCUGCUGCUGCUGGCGCCGCUGCUGCUCGACUCGGCCUCGGCCACCUUCGGCUACGGCAAGUUCGGCAACAAGCAGCACUGCGGCGACUACGGAGGCAAGGGGUGGGUGUUCGGCUACGGAAAGAGGGGCGGCAAGGCCUUUAGGGAUAAGGGCCGAUACCGCCACUUUGGCAGCCACAGCUUCGGCUACGGCGAAGGGCCGCACGACUUCGAGUACGGCCAUGGUUGCGACAUCUAUUUUGACUUUGCACCAGACCACGGUUAUGACUACAAAGGCUCAAAAGGUGGCUACAGCACCUCAAAGAGCGGCUACGAUAUCUCGGACAGUGCCUAUGGUCUAUCGACAAGUGAUUACACCACAUCGAAGAAAGGCCUCUUCGGCGGCAUCUUCAAGAAGAACAAAAACGGCGGCGGCUUCUUCGGAGGCAUCUUCGGCAAAAACAAGAAAAAGGGCGGCUACGGAUCGGAUGAAUACUACGGCCUGCUGGCGUACGGCGGCCACGGCCACGGGCACGGCUACGGUCACGGCUACGGCCACAACGGGUACGGCUACGGCCACCACUCCUACGGCCACGGCUACGGCCACCACGACCACAGCUACGGCCAGGCCGGCUACGGCGGUGAUCAGUACCUGCACGACUACAACGCUCACGGAGCCUUCUCCGGCAAGUACGGCCACUCGCUGAGCGGCUACAGCAGCUACGGUGGUGUCAAGCUCGACGGCGCGGAGAGCAUCGGCGAGCUGGAUGGACUGGAUGUCGUGGAGGGCUAUGAGGGUGCCACCAGCCUGGAGGGCAUCGAAGGCUUGGACGGACUGGAGGGCCUGGAUGGGCUCGAAGGCCUGGACGGCUUGGAGGGCCUGGAAGGUUUGGAGGGCUACUCCAACCUGGAGAGUGCCACUGCUAAAGAGAGCAGCGACACCUCCUCGGCGGGGUCAGAGGAGAGCGGCGUGCGUAAAAGGAAGGUGAUGUCCCCGCCGCCGACCGGCCACAAGACGCGGUACGUGCCGGCGCCGGCGGCGAGCGGCAGCCCUCGGUCGGCAGUGAAGAGCAGCCGGCCGAUCGUCGCCCGGUCAAACGCCGGCAAGGGCUCGACGUGA